AUGCAUAUUCUUUUCUUGUGUACCGCGCACAAUUCGCUUUCGCAGCGUCUACAGUUGGCACUCGCCAAGUCACACACCAUCACCAUCGAAUAUGCCCUCUCAGACGAUGUCAUGAUCGAGGCGGCCAAGCUCGCCAAGCCUCACCUCAUCAUCUGCCCUUUCCUUACGGUUCGCGUACCCCGAGAGAUUUACGACAACUAUCUCACCCUUGUCGUUCACCCUGGUCCCCCGGGAGAUGCCGGUCCAAGUGCCUUGGACUGGGUGCUCAUGGGCGAUGAUGGUAUGGAGACCGACCCCAACACCCUCCUCCAGAAAGGCUCUUGGAGCGAGUCCGGCCGGCCAUACUGGGGCGUCACUGUCCUCCAAGCUGUUGAGGAACUCGAUGCAGGGCCAGUCUGGGCUUUUGAGCAGUUCCCCUUGCAAAUUGAUUCGCCAGUCAUUACAAAGUCGAGCCUCUAUCGUGGCCCUGUCACGCGGGCCGCACUUACAGCCACCCUCGCAGCCAUUGAAAGAAUCCAAACCGCCUCUGUUCAAGCCGCUUCACCCUACACUCCUCCUCCAUCACCAGGGUUUGAAAAAUUCGCCCCGCACCAUGUCACUCCGCUACUCCGAGCAAACCCUGCCUACCGCGACGCCUCUGUCACACUGCAGAAAGCUUUCCUCGGCGGAGUAACACGUCAUCGGCCGCUUCUCAAGGCGGCCCAACGCGACUUCGACAUUCAGUCACACACGGCUCGGGAAAUAUCGCGGAGGAUUCGAUCCUCGGACUCUCAGCCAGGCUGUCUGACCAAGAUGUUUGGCCCGGGCCUGUACGUAUAUGGUGGCACCAUCGAGGAAGGUGGUGAUAUCACUAGUCACGCCCAUCCCGGUCAAGUUGUUGCUUGCCGGGACGACGCCGUUUGCCUUGCGACCUGCGACCAGAAGGCCAUCUGGAUCACUCACAUUCGCCGUGUUAAGAAGAAGACCGACGCGAUGCUGUGGCCCAAAGUUCCUGCUGUCUCCGGCCUGAGAGAGUUGGGCAUCCUCGACAGCCACUCCAUUACGGAAAGUCGCAUAUCCAGGGCGACCAUCGACUGGUCCCGAGCCCCACGCGGUACCCAGCAGGACAUAUCAGUCGAUUUCCAGACAUUCGCCAAUGCUAGGCGGGUCGCGUUCCUCUACUUCGACUUCUACAACGGUGCCAUGAGCACGGAUCAGUGCUCCCGCAUGAUUGACGCCCUUGACUUCAUCGCAUCCACUCAUGUUGUGGAACGACCACUCAACGCCCUUGUGCUCAUGGGGGGUGACGGGUACUUCAGCAACGGUGUUGCAUUAAACGUUAUCGAGGCUGCUGCGGACCCGGCGCUUGAGUCUUGGCUAAAUAUCAACCGCAUUGAUGACGUUGUGCACUACCUCCUCCACGAAUUCCCAUCACGCAACAUUCUCACAGUCGCCGGUAUAAGGGGCAACUGCGCGGCGGGCGGUGUCGCUAUGGCUGCUGCAUGCGACAUUGUCCUUGCUGGCUCCGAGGUCGUCCUCAACCCAGCUUACCGUGCCAUCGGCCUGCAUGGUUCGGAAUACCAUUCCCUGUCCUACCCCGGACGUUGUGGCUCAUCCGGAGCUACCAAGCUGCUGCGUGACAUGACACCACUAUCAACAGCUGAGGCCCGGAGAAUGGGCUUGGUCGAUCACACUAUCCCCGGCAACGGGGCGCUUCUCGAAACCCGCAUGCGGAACCUCGUCAAGUCGAUGGUCUCUUCCGAUAAGAAGCUGGCGCCGGGGUCUUGGAAAUGUAACGUGAACGUCACGCCUGCGGGCCUGGCGUCUGCUCGUGCUGAGGAGCUCGGCCAGAUGUCCAAAGAUUUCUGGGGUGCAAGGUCGACGAGGUAUCACCUCCGCCGCCGAGACUUUGUUCGUAAGGUGAAAGCGACUAAGACGCCAUUACGGUUUGCGACACAUCGGCGAGGCACAGGGGAGCUCGACGAGGAAGAGACUGAUGAUUUUGACGAUGACACCAUCUAUGAGCGGAAGGCGAGGGCAGCCCUGUUGGCUGACCAGCUCAAGGAAUACACGGAGAGCAUGGCGGCGACAACUCCACACACGGAUGUGAGUGUUGAGAAGGCCUCGCGUCGCUCUAAAGCUCCGAUUGAAGUCGUGAGCGAGCAGGAUGUGGAGCAGGAUUUGAAGCCCAUGUAUUCGUGCUACUACGAGGUGACGGGAACAUUGGGAUUUUCCUAA